AUGCAUGCCGGUUGUGAAACUCGAGUAGAGAGAAAGUCGAUCUGUGGUUUCUUGGCCAAAAUUAAACCUCAUUAACAGUAUUCUACAGCUAAUACUAAUUAUACUUAUAAUUAUAAUGGACAAAAUGGCUUGUUUACCUCAUCAGCCUGAUAAAUCGACUACAGUCACCCUGGUGGAACCCAGCAGUAAUCCAAAUGGACUAGCCCUGGCGAGCUCCUAUCAGACCAAUCGAGUCGGAGAUCCCACUGACCUUGUUGCUCUUGCUCAGCAGGUUCAGAAAGGAGAUGAAUUUAUCCGAGCAAACGCUUGCAACAGGUUGACCGUCAUUGCUGAUCAGAUAAGAUACCUGCAGGAGCAAGCCAGAAAGGUGUUAGAGGAUGCUAAGAGAGAUGCUGAUCUUCACCACGCUGCCUGUAAUGUUGUGAAAAAGCCAGGAAACAUGUACUACCUGUAUGUGCGUGAAUCUGGACAACGCUACUUCUCUAUACUGUCUCCAAAGGAAUGGGGUUCCAGCUGUCCACACGAGUUCCUUGGGGCCUACAAACUUCAGUUUGACAUGUCAUGGACUCCAGUGGAAGAUGCUGAAAAAAGGGACGCAGAAAUCAGUAUCAUGGACAAAUUACUGAACAGUCAGGCAGCUCUAACGGCAUGCACAGAGCCGAACUUUCAGGGUCUGUCAAAGUGAGAGAACACUGAAUGAGGAAUGUCUUAUAAUUCAGCCAAAAAAGCUAAUUAGUUUUAUCAGAGAUGUGCUUCAUUAUGGCAUGGUUUUAUAAUGGGUAUUACAUUUUUGUAAUUGUAUUUACUUCUGUACAAUAUUGUAAAAAGGUUUAUAAUGAAUUACACUAAUAGAUGCAGCAAAACCACAAUUUUAUGACCCUAAAUUUCUUCAAACUGCUGAAAUUGCAGUUUAGUGUGGAACUCACAGCCCUAACCUGAAUCCCACUGAACAUAUUUGAAAUUAACUGGAACGUUGAUGGUGCCAAGACCUUUUCAUUCAACAACAGCACCCAACCUUACAAAUGUUCUUCUGAUUCAAUAGCCACAAACUAUAGCUGCAGAAGAAGGGUAAAUCUAUAUAUUUCUGAAAUAGGAUGGUCACUGGAGCAUUUUUCUGAAGUCUUAUGCAGUUUGUAUAUAUUACAAAGAUUUCAUUACAUUUGUUUUCAUAAGGGGUAAAUAUAUUACUUAUUACAUUAUGUGUGGUUGCACCAACUAACAUUGUAGAUGAUAAAUUGCCUAGUAUAUAAAGAUGUUUUAAUAAACUAUUGCAGAUAUAAUAUGCAUUUUAUUUAAAUUUUAAAUAUUUUGAAAAUAAGAAUUUCAUUUGUAUGUGUUGUUUGUUUGAAUGUGUUUUCUUUAAUUUCCAAAUCUAAUGUGUAAAACUUUAUGGUCAUUAUUUUUUAGUAAUUAUUUAUUGUAUUGCUGCUUGAAAUGGUCACUAAAAGAGUGACCAAUAAAGGCAAUUAAUUAUGGCAAUCAUGACUUACAGCACUUAACUGUAUAUCACUUCAUUCAUUCUGCAGUAACUACUUAUCCUGUUGAGGGUCACAGUAGGUGUGAGUACUACUCCAGGCAUCAAUCCAAUUAAAGGGCAUAGAGUACCCAAUCCACCAACUGCAUGUUUUGGGUUGCUGGUUUAUUGUGAGGAUUUAGAUUUUUUGAUUGUAAUAAUAACUGGUGACUAUAUAAAUGCUACUCUGCCUGGUUCGACUGUUGUUUUUGUACAGUAAUAAGAGCAAAGUCUAGCCAAAGUCAUGUCUGAAACAGGCCUACCAUAAAUUACAAGCUGCUGGAACACAGGUGACAUACUGCAAACAGUCAAGCAAGCUUUACAUGACCAUGGGAUUAAAAGCUAAAGUACAAAAAGAUGUCUUCAUUUGAAGCUGACACCCCUUUACCUUUACCACUUGACAGUGGAUAGUGUUACUAAUGUACCCACAGCUUCACAUAUUUUUGUUCUUGGUUAAUGUUCCAUACAGUCAUUACAGAAAAAAACUUGCAAUUUUUUAUUAAUGACAAUGCAAAUGUAUCA